CUUCAAUUUCCCAGAAGGAUCUCCAUACCGUCGUUACCUCAUAUUCAUAGGCUCGAUUGAGGCGGGCUGUUCCAUGAAGUUUCAGCCAUGAGAAGGCUGUAAGGCUACUGUUCAAACUCGAACCAUCGAAAUAUAAAACUCACCUGGUCCCGUGAAGUAAACCGUACUUUGCUGAAGGAAAGAUAAACAAACAAUGGACCCCCUCAGCGCCAUCGGCCUUGCUUCUUCUAUUGUUCAGUUUGUGCAAUUCGGUCUCACUGUCGCGGCUCGCUUGCAGGAAUUCUCCCAGACUGAAGCGAUUCCGCAGUCGCUGCGGUCUAUUUCGACGCAGUUACCACUCUUGCUCAACGCCCUCACCCGCAUCCAAUCCUCCUCCUCGCUCUCAAGCCUAGAUUUCGACACAAAAUGCAUCCUCAAAGGCAUGAUCGCCGGCUGCAUGGAGCAAGUCCAAACGGUCGAGAAGAUGGUCAACGAGAUCACGCCGCGCGACGGCGAGAGCCUGAAGCAGCGGGUCAAGAAGGUGUUCACGAGUCUGAAGUACGAUGAGCGGGUCUGGGGCGUGGAAAGGAAUCUGCAGACGUACGUCCAGGUGCUGAUUCUGCAUCAUGUGAUUGAGGAGGAGGUUGCCGGGGAAAGGGUUGGGGUCGAGAGUUUUUUUGAUGUUAGGGAGGGGAGGGUGAAGGAGUUUGUGCCGAGAGAGAAAACUAUAGGGGAGCUGGAAGAGGGGCUGAGAGAUGUGGUUUGGGGUAAGACGAAGAAUCCGACUAUUUUAAUGGUUUCAGGGGAGAAAGGGACGGGCAAAACGCAGCUUGUGCUUGAAUACGUCCAUCAGGCUCACGAGCUGGGCCACUUCCGGACCGUAUUCUGGAUCGAUGCUUCGUCACUCGAGACCCUGAAUCUUGGGUUCGAAAGUAUCUACGCGACCAUCAAACGCUCAACAGAUGGCUCUCGUCAAGAGAAAAUCCGAGCCGUGAAAGAGUUCUUGAAUGAUCUCUGGCAUCCUUGGCUUUUGGUGCUGGAUAAUUAUGAGUCUGUUACUCUUUAUAACGAGAUUAUGGAUUUCCUACCAGGUCAGGGGUACGGUGGGAUUAUUCUUGUAACGCAUAAUCCGUCCGCGUCGGGGUUGGGGACUGUGCUUCGUGUGCCGAAGUUUGUUACUGCUAAGGAGCAGGCGAGUCUCGAUUCUUUGCUUACGCAGGAGGUACAACGCAAGAAUGUGGAUGGGGUCAAGAAUCUGGUCGAACAGGGCGCAAGUCCGGAUAGUUUGAUCUGGGGGGAAUGGCCUGUUCUCCACCGUUGCGCCCUCUUCGGCCUCUACGACGCAGUAAACUUCCUCCUCGCCCACGACGCAAAUCCCAACCCGCCCAACGUCAAUAUCGGCAAACCCAUCACCUGGGCCUCCAGCAGCGGUUCCCUCGCCGUCAUCGAAACCCUCCUCGACCACGAAGAUAAAAUCGGACUCUACACCACCGUGUCAGACAACCAACGCGCCUUCAACACCGCAGCCUCGGACGGCCAUCUCGCCAUUAUGAAAACGCUUCUCUUACGCCGAGAAAUAAACCUCGGUUCCAAAAACCAGUACAAUGAGACCGUGCUCCAAAACGCGUGCAAGAAGGGCCAUUUCGAAAUCGUGCAAUUCCUGCUUGAAGAUGGUGCAGUCUUGAUGUCUGACCAUAUUCAGGGAGGUCAAGCCCUGUUAGCCGCUGCUUCGGGGAAUUUCUUGGAGAUAGUUAAGUUGUUGUGUGGAGAGGGGAAAGUAAAUCCUAAUACUCAAGACGAGCAAGGGACGACGCCUCUGUGCUAUGCGGCGAAGAGUCGAGAUGGGUCUACGUACACAGAAAAUGGGUGUCCCGAGAUUAUCGAUGUGCUUCUCGCGGCGAAAAUCGAGGAUCAGGGGCAGAGGAAGAUGUGGUUAGAGAGGGGAAUGCGGUAUGCGGUGCGAGUAGAUGAUCGGGCGACGGUGCUGAAAUUGUUGAAGGGUGGAGCGGCUGUAGAUGCCGUCGAAGCAACGGGGAAUCCUCGAGGCGCGAGUCCGCUUUUGCUUGCGGUGCUGCAAGGACAUGUUAAGAUGGCGCAGUUCCUGAUUCGACAGAAAGCGAGGCAGGAUAUAGCGGAUGAGAAGGGGAGGUUGCCGUUACCGGUUGCGGCGGAGAUGGGGUAUGAGCUCUUGGUGAGGGAUCUGAUUAAGGCGGGUGGGGAUAAGGAUUUGAAGAGUGGUGAGAAUGAGGAUACGUUGUUGAUGUUGGCGGUUAAGGGGGGGCAUGAGGGCGUGGUGAGAGUGUUGCUUGAGAGGGGUGCUGAUCGUGAAGAAGGGAAUAAGUUUGGGGAUGUCGCGAUGGAUGUUGCGGAGGAGAAGAAGGAUAAGAAGAUUUUGGCGCUGUUGGAGGAUUGGAUUGAGACUUGAGGUUGGAACUAUGGUGGGAUUGGUAUAAGUUGGGAGAUAAAAGUGGGAGAAAAGAUGAAGCAUGAAGGAAGAGAAGCAAAUGAAUAUCAAUGAAUCAUAUUUUGAUGUUUUGUGCUCAAGGAAUCAGUGCUUAUGGUCGAGGAAAGAGAGCGUCGAUUCGAGUAUUCUGUCUUUAACCAUGUAUUAAGCACUUACAGCCACUCAGAUCUCGGAACAAAUCUUUUGUUGCACAUCUACAAGAUUAAAACAAGCCGACGUUUGCAUAUAAAACGGCCAAAUGAGGUGCGAUGCGCAACGAAACUCUUCGGAAGCUGUGAUUGGUUGGGCCUUGGUGAGCUGUACGUGAAUUUGCAUGGGACUAAUGAACGCAAAGAGAAUUUUCG